AUGUUUUCAAAGCUCCUCAUCGCAUCUCUCGUCUCUCUCGCACUGGCUUCGCCCACGCCAGCCGGGCUCGAAUCUCGUGCGAGCAUCGACACGUCUACGCAUUGCGGACAAUGGGACACCGUCACUGCCACUCAAUACGAGCUUCUUCUUGACCAGUGGGGCAUCUCUGGCGCAACUGGUUCGCAAUGUGCCAGCCUCGUCAGCUUGAGCGACUCCACCAUCUCCUGGAAAACCAACUGGACAUGGUCCGAGGGUUCGGGCGGGGUCAAGAGCUUCACAGACAUUCAGCUCAACCAGGGCAUUAACCAGCAGCUGAGCGCGAUCUCCAGCAUGCCAACGACCUGGAAGUGGUCCCAGAGCAGCUCUGGUACCGUCGUCGCUGAUGUAGCAUAUGAUCUCUUCACGUCGAACACCGCCGGGGGCUCGAACGUCAAUGAGAUCAUGAUUUGGCUGGCCAACUACAACGCCGGGCCCAUCUCAUCCAGCUACAGCUCGAGCGGCCAGCCCGUGCCGGUUGCUUCGGACAUCAGCCUUGCCGGACAAUCCUGGAAUCUGUACAGCGGUUCCAACGGCGCGAACAACGUCUUCUCCUUCUUGCCCGUAAGCGGCACCAUCACCAGCUUCAGCGGUGACGUCAUGGAUUUCUUGAACCUGAAGCGCUGA